AUACUUAACUUAUUUAUUUUAUCAAAAAUGCUACUACUAUGUAUUGUCACCUUUAUAAAUGCCUUUGUACAAGCCUAUAUAAAAGCAAAACGCGAAGCCCACGGGUUCAGCUCUAGUUCGAUUUUCCAUGAGCAGGAGGAGGCACAUAACAUUGACCAACAACCUCCUACUAUGUUAGAAUUUAAUAUAGCAGCGACCCCUGGAUGUUGUCACUAUCUCCGAUUCAUUUCAUCAGAUCCCAUCAAAAGUAAGCUAGAUAUGGAGAGAUGGGAAGGUGUACAGUCUGUCUGUAUUCUGGAAUCCGCUAGUGGUACCACUAUUUUACGACGCGAUUUUGGUGAUACCCUUGAAGAUGAGUACCUCAUGGGGGUCAUCAUCAACAAACCUGGACUUGUUGCUGCUGUUGGAGGGAUCCCAAAUGAGCUGAAAAUUGAAGGUGCGGUAACAUUCUGGUUUCCCAGUCCCGUUAGCAUAUAUUCCAAAAUAAAGCUGUCUCAAAAUUCUUCCGAGUGUCAGCAGUUUAAGCUCGAACAUUACGAGAGCGCCGAAUAUUCAGAAUAUAUAAAGCUUUUUAGGAGACUCAUUGCACGAAACUAUAUAAAAGCUUGCCGUGCCAGCUCAAGUACGACUUGCAAGCAGCAGGCAGAGGUACGUAACUUAGAUCCACGGCGUCUUAUGGUAGAAGCCAAUUUUCUUGAAUCUCAAUCACUUGGAUCUGCUUCUGACGAUGAACUCAAUAAGGACAACGACGGUUAAACGUGGUUUUACACUUAUGUUUGUGACUAGUUAAGACUUCCUAUUAUUAUUAAAGCUCAAGUUACAGUGCUUUCGUUCAUAUUAGCGUUCGUUGUUUUAAUUUUAACAUUGUUCAUAAAUUUCAGAUGGGUUCUUGGACUUAAGUAUUAUGCUAUUUAUUAUUUGAAAACAUUUAAUUAUGGGUAAA